GUGCCGGGUCGGUUUUUGUCGAAGAGGAUGGAAUUUCCAGCGUGUCUGCCGCACGAGCUUCGCCGUCUGGCGAGAUAAGUACCUGGCUUUCCGCGCCGAGCGUCUUGCUUUCUGUCCCUGUCCACGCACGCUGCCAAUUGAGCUCCGCACCCUACAACUCGCUCGUCGCCGCCGCCUGCUCUUAUCGCGAGGGACACUGCAGCACUGCUACCACACCGAGGCCCGAACCGAGACACGUCCCCAUCGCCGCUGUCUGCAGAGCACUGCAAUGGCAUCCGCUUCGCGAAGCUUCACCCGCGCUCUGCGCACCGCCGCGCCCUCCUUCCGCACCACCUCGACACGCUCUGCCCGCUUCGUUGCGCCCCAGCACGCUUUCCGCCAGCAGUACCAGCGCCGCGGCUAUGCUUCCGAGGAGCCCAAGGACAAAUAUGAAGGCAACCCCAGCGGCCUGAUCUACGGGGCCGGUGCCCUGGCCGCUGUCGCUGCGGGAUAUGGCGUCUACCUCAUGAACCCUCAGUGGUUUGGCCAGACGGCCAAGGAGACCGCUGUCUUUGCCCCCAAGUUCGACGACUACCAGAAGGUCUACGACCACAUUGCGAAGAUGCUCGAGGAGCACGACGACUACGACGACGGCAGCUACGGCCCCGUUCUUCUCCGCCUGGCAUGGCACGCCUCCGGAACCUACGACAAGCUCACCAACACCGGCGGCUCCAACGGUGCCACCAUGCGCUUCGCCCCCGAAGGCGACCACGGCGCCAACGCCGGCCUCAAGGCCGCCCGCGACUUCCUCGAGCCCGUCAAGGAAGCCUUCCCCUGGAUCUCCUACUCGGACCUCUGGAUCCUCGCCGGCGUCGCCGCCAUCCAGGAGAUGCAGGGCCCCAAGAUCCCCUACCGCCCCGGCCGCACCGACCGCGACCUCUCCUUCUGCACGCCCGACGGCCGCCUCCCCGAUGCCUCCCAGGGCGCCUCCCACAUCCGCGCCAUCUUCGGCCGCAUGGGCUUCGGCGACAAGGAAAUGGUCGCGCUGUCCGGCGCACACGCCUUGGGUCGCUGCCACACGGACCGCUCGGGCUUCGACGGCCCGUGGACCUUCUCGCCCACUACCCUGACCAACGACUACUACAAGCUGCUCCUCGAGGAGCGCUGGAGCUACAAGAAGUGGAACGGCCCCAAGCAGUUCGAGGACGUCAAGACGAAGAGCCUGAUGAUGCUGCCGACGGAUAUGGAGUUGAUCAGGGAUAAGAGCUUCCGCGCGUACACGGAGAAGUAUGCGAGGGAUAACGAGGCGUUUUUCAAGGACUUCAGCGAGGCGGUGACGAAGCUGUUUGAGUUGGGCGUGCCGUUUACGCAGCCCGAGGACCAGAGGUGGGUGUUUAAGAGCUCGUUUGAUUAGGCGGUGGUGGGCGGGAGCGGACGAAGGGGUGGAGGGGGGCGAAGGGCAGGUGCAGGGACGAGGUUUGCAUUGAGUGAGCGAGUGAUAUCCUACUAGACCGUCCCGUUCUUAGAGCUAGACUUUGCUUUGCUUGGAUCAGAGCGAGUAGACUUGUGGCCCGCACCACAUCAUUUCCCUUUACCUCCUGGUGGCAUGUAGCCUCCGGUCAUAGAUGUACGUUAAGUCAUGUGUGCAGUAGCAUUCGAAGGAAAGUACCACUACCGAG